AUCUGCAAAACAAAAGAAAAGCCCCUUUCCCAGCGCAGGCAGAGAAGUCUCCUGUACAGUUAGAGACAACAGGCUUCUGGGCACGUGGCCAAGGUUCUGGGGAUAUUUAUAACUUGAAGAGGGUGGGAGUCCCUAAUAAGCUGCUAUAUUCUUUUUCCAUCACUUCCCUCUCCAAGGCUACAGCGAGCUCAGAGCGCUUCUCCACGCAGAAUGCCUGCUUUUCCCCGUGCUGGGCUUCCAUUGUCUAAUUUUCUCAUCCUGGCUGGGGAAGGGGAAGGGGGCCAGUCCUUCCGUUCGGAAGAACUCCAGCUGCAUGCAGCCUAGCUGCUGCUGGUGUUUCUUGGCCAGCUCCUGUGGUCUCUGAGGGACCUGCCUGUGAGCCUGUGGUUCCUGAAUGCCUGAGCGUCUGAGGUCUCGGCAUCUGUGCGAGUCUUUGGGAUCUCUGGGCUUUGCCUGCAAGCCUGCGGAUUCGAGAUCUACCUGCAGGUCUGAGAUAAUCCGGAAAUCUGCCAGUCGUGAUUUCUAGAACCUUCCCGAACGCCUGAAGUCUCCAAAGAACGCUGCCUGCCGAUUUGGAAUCUGUUUGGGGGCUCGUGGAUCUUGGAGCCGGCGGUCUAGUGGACCUUUCGCGGGCCAGGAGUGCUGUCUGCUAGCUGCUUUUCCUGCUCUUUCUCCUGGGAGGCGAAUCCUUGAGCCCGAGAUGGCAGCCACCCUGCUCAUGGCUGGGUCCCAGGCACCGGUGACAUUUGAAGAUAUGGCCAUGUACCUCACUCGGGAAGAAUGGAGACCUCUGGACCCUACGCAAAGGGACCUUUACAGGGAUGUUAUGCAGGAGAAUUAUGGGAAUGUUGUCUCAUUAGAUUUUGAGAUCAGGAGUGAGAACGAGGUGAAUCCAAAGCAAGAGAUUAGUGAAGAUGUAGAACUUGGGACUGCAUCUGAAAGACCUGUUGGGAAUACAGAGGAAAAUCCUGAAAGUGAAGAGGCCUUUGAAAGCAGGGAUAGAUCAGAAAGACAGUGGGAAGAUUUAACAGCAGAAGAGUGGGUAAGCUAUCCUCUCCAACAAGUCACGGAUCUGCUUGUCCACAAAGAAAUUCACACAGGUAUUCAAUAUCAUAUAUGUUCUCAGUGUGGAAAGGCCUUCAGUCAGAUCUCAGACCUUAAUCGACAUCAGAAAACCCACACUGGAGACAGACCCUAUAAGUGUUAUGAAUGUGGAAAGGGCUUCAGUCGGAGCUCACACCUUAUUCAGCAUCAAAGAACACACACUGGAGAGAGACCCUAUGACUGUAAUGAGUGUGGGAAAAGUUUUGGAAGAAGUUCUCAUCUCAUCCAGCAUCAAACAAUCCAUACUGGAGAAAAGCCCCACAAAUGUAACGAAUGUGGGAAAAGUUUCUGCCGUCUAUCUCACCUAAUCCAACAUCAAAGGACCCACAGUGGGGAGAAACCCUAUGAGUGUGAGGAGUGUGGGAAAAGCUUCAGCCGGAGCUCUCACCUAGCUCAACACCAGAGGACCCACACAGGUGAGAAGCCUUAUGAGUGUAAUGAAUGUGGGCGAGGUUUCAGUGAGAGAUCUGAUCUCAUCAAACACUAUCGAGUCCACACAGGAGAGAGGCCCUACAAGUGUGAUGAGUGUGGGAAGAAUUUCAGUCAGAACUCUGACCUUGUGCGCCAUCGCAGAGCCCACACAGGAGAAAAGCCCUACCACUGUAAUGAAUGUGGAGAGAAUUUCAGCCGCAUCUCACACUUGGUUCAGCACCAGAGAACCCACACUGGGGAAAAGCCAUAUGAAUGUAACGCUUGUGGGAAAAGCUUCAGCCGGAGUUCUCAUCUCAUCACACACCAGAAAAUUCACACUGGAGAAAAGCCCUAUGAGUGCAAUGAGUGUUGGCGAAGCUUUGGUGAAAGGUCAGAUCUAAUUAAACACCAGAGAACCCACACAGGAGAGAAGCCUUAUGAAUGUGUGCAGUGUGGAAAAGGUUUCACCCAGAGCUCCAACCUCAUCACACAUCAGAGGGUUCACACGGGAGAGAAGCCUUAUGAAUGUACUGAAUGCGAAAAGAGUUUCAGCCGGAGCUCAGCUCUUAUUAAACAUAAGAGAGUUCACACUGACUAAGUCCUGUAAUUAUGACUGAGAAACAAUUUAUUUGAAGGUACAAUUUUAUUUGAUAUCCAAGAGCUCUUUUAAGACUGAGUUUCUUAUACCAUACCGAAUUUUCUUGUUGUAGGCCACAGUUUAAAACAUCAAA